AUGGUCGAGAUCACAAUUCGAAAGCGACCACGCACAGAAUCCGUCGUAACUCAGCGCAAAUUCUACAAGAAAACGGCCAGAGGAAAAGUCAUCAAAGUCCUUCGAGAACGCUAUCUUCGAGAUGAUAUUGGUUGUGGUAUUCAGGGUUGUGGCGAUUGUGAAAACUCGACCUCGGACCCACUGCCGUUCACGGGGGACACGCAACACAAUGCAUAUCCCGAUGGUCAUUACAUUCUACCCGAUACCAAUGUCUUCCUCCACCAAAUGGAUCUCAUGGAGUCGUCUCUCUUCAGGCCUCCCAUUGUCCUUCUACAAACAGUUAUGGAGGAAGUGCGGCAUCGCUCUAUUCCACUGUACAAUCGCCUCAAGGCGCUUAUAAGAAUGGACGAAAAGCGUAUCUGGGUUUUCUAUAACGAGUUUCGAUCAGAGACUGCAAUUAUAGCAGAAGAGGAUGAAUCUCCUAACGAUCGUAAUGACCGCGGCAUUCGCAGAGCUGCACAGUGGUACAACGAACAUAUCAAACUAAACCGGAAUGUUGUGCGAGGCCAGGCCAAACCCAAACUCCCCGUCGUUGUUCUCAUGACAGAGGACGCAGCAAACAGAAAUAAGGCAGAUGAGAGCGGAAUUCCAGUCACCUCUAUUCGCAACUAUAUCUCCAUGUUUCCUGAGAACACUGCUGCGCAGUUGCUCGAUUCGCUGUCUACGGCAGAGGAAACAACGCUGGAGCCAAAGCUGUCUGGAGAUGGAAGGCAGGCGCUUUAUCCCGAGUACUACCCGGAGUCAACACUUCAAGCUGGCCUCACAACUGGGAACCUUUACAAGGGACAUUUCAAUGCCAGCAGCUAUAACUACCUACAAGGAACAGUCUCGGUUCACGACUUACCCAAGCCAGUGCUCCUCAUUGGACGUGAAAAUAUCAAUCGCGCGGUACAUGGUGACCAAGUCGUGAUCGAAAUCUUUGACGAAGACAAAUGGGGUGUAGAAGGCGAUGAGGUCGUUGACCAAGAAGCUACUCUGAAGAACGACGAUGCCGCCGAUUCCGACGAGGAAGAAGAAAACGACGAAAUUAUUCGGAAGGAAGCCCAUGCAGCUCGCGUUGGCGAAGCUGCGGCCAGCAAAAAGCAGGCACAACCAACCGGACGUGUCGUCGGCAUCGUCAAGCGGAACUGGCGGCCGAUUGUUUGUCAUGUCGAUGCCACCGCCUUGCCGUCGGCAUCCGUGCCCGGAUCAAAUAGCGCCAAGAGUUUGUCAAUCCAAACCCUUCUCGCACAUCCUACAUCCACCCUGCUCCCGCGAAUAAGAAUUCGAACUCGACAAGGCCCAUCGCUUGUGAAUAAAAAAAUCCUCGUCGCCAUCGAUGCUUGGCAUACAACGUCAAGGUAUCCAGAUGGUCACUUUGUACGAGUCUUGGGCGAUAUUGGAGGGGAAGAUGCUGAGAGAGAAGGCCUGAUGUUGGAGUUUGGGAUCAGCUAUGGCGCCUUCGGCAGCGCCAUACUGGGUUGUUUACCGCCCGAGGGCGACCAAUGGAUUGUUGCACCCAAGAGCGACGAUGGAAUGUGGAAGGGCCGCGAGGACCUCCGAGACUUGACCAUUUGUAGCAUUGAUCCUCCCAAUUGUCAAGACAUCGAUGACGCGUUACAUGCCCGGCCACUUCCUAACGGAAACAUCGAAGCUGGUGUUCAUAUUGCCGACGUUUCCAAUUUUGUACACGCGGAUACUCCGAUGGAUACGGAAGCUGCUGCAAGAGGCACUACCGUAUACCUUGUGGACAAACGUAUCGACAUGCUUCCCGCCCUUUUGGGCACUAAUCUAUGCUCUCUGCGGCCCAAUGUCGAGCGUUUAGCAUUUUCUGCGAUCUGGGAACUGACUCCAGAAGCAAAAAUUGUGAAUGUUCGCUUUACAAAAUCGGUGAUCAGGUCCAAAGCUGCAUUCACUUAUGAAGAAGCGCAAAUCCGCAAGGAUGACCCAACCCUGCAGGAUCCGCUAACAACUGCGAUUCGCCUGCUCAAUACACUUGCGCAAAAGUUAAAAGCUGCCCGAAUGGCUGCCGGUGCCCUUAACCUUGCAUCUCCCGAAGUUAAAAUCCACCUCGAUUCUGCCGAGUCGUCAGACCCGAUAGACGUAGAGCAAAAAGAGUUGCGGGAGACCAACUCGCUUGUGGAGGAAUUCAUGCUACUCGCCAACAUUAGUGUCGCUCGCAAGAUUUUUGAAGCAUUCCCUGCAACAGCCGUGCUCAGGCGCCAUCUCCCACCCCCGCAAACCAAUUUUGACAAACUCAAGGAUAUUCUCAAGAAGCGAAAGGGAAUGUCAUUGGAUGUGUCGAGCUCCGGAGCACUUGCCAAUAGUCUCGACAAGUGUGUCGAUGCCAACGAGCCAGCGUUUAAUACCCUCGUCCGAAUUAUGGCGACACGGUGCAUGCUACCAGCCGAGUAUUUUGGCUCUGGGAGCGUUGGACGUGACACUUUCGGGCAUUAUGGCCUCGCAAGUGAUAUCUACACCCAUUUUACCAGUCCCAUUCGACGAUAUGCUGAUGUCCUUGCGCACAGACAACUGGCAGCAGCAAUCGGCUACUCGCCACUUCAUGCCUCUCUGCAUUCCAAAGCCAAUGUGGAACGGAUACUGGAAGUUGUGAACCGACGACAUCGAAUGGCACAAAUGGCAGGACGUGCUAGCGUUGAGUAUUAUGUCGGCCUCGCUCUGAAAGGCCGAAAUGAGCGACAAGGGCAAGGACAGACAGUUACAGAGGAGGCAUUCGUGAUCAGAACUUUCAGAAACGGUCUCGGUGUCUUCGUGUCAAAGCUGGGCAUCGAGGGUCUCGUCAUGUUCAAACGCGACCUGACAGAAUUCGAUGCGGACAACUAUUGUGUUACGAUUCCCGGGUCGUCUGCUGCUGUAUCAGGCGACAAAGACGUGCUGAUUUCGGUGUUCGACAAGGUGGUGGUGAAUAUUGAGGUGGAAACGGACAAGAAUACUCAAAAGGGGAAGGUGAAGAUGACUCUGGUGCAUCCUAUAGACUCGCGUGCAUUGUAA